GCUCCGCCCUGUUCCUGUAGCGAUGGAGUGAGAGAGAGCGAGAGAGAGGCAGCUGGCGGACAGAGCACGGAGCACAGAGCCAGGAGUGUGUGUGGAUCUGCUGCCGUAUAGCGCAGACUGUCCCGGCCGGCUGGGGUCGGAGGAUUAAACCGAGAGGAGAACUAACCUGCCCUUAAAAAAAUCAUUAUCAUCAUCAUUAUACACACAGAGCCUGAACUUAUACCCGGUCCAUCUGCUCCAUGCCCCGAUAGAGAGCCGGGCGAGGACGGCGUUCACUGGUUCAGCCGGAGAGGACUGUAGCUGUGCAGCAGGGCUGAAAGAUGUGCGAUGGGAUGUUAGCGUGUGAGACGCCAAUUUUGGGCACCCGCUCACACGCUCUGUUUGCUGUGGCACUGCAGCUGCUCCUCUUCCUCAGCUUGCUCCCUGCAGGCCAGGCUUCAGGUUGCUCAAGACCCUUGACUGUUCAGCAUGUCCGUGCAAACCUCACAGAGACCAACCAUAACUUCAUACCCAUCGGCACAGUGCUACAGUACAGCUGUGAUUCAGGAUACAUCCUGAGCGGUGAGGGAAUCAUCACGUGUCUCUCUCCAGGUCACUGGUCUUCCAGCCCUCCACACUGCCUCAAAAACGAUGUUUGUCGCCCGCCUAGUGCGCCAGAGAAUGGGGGCUAUGUAUGCCAUCCUACGUCCUGUCCUAAACUGAUCGAAGGCACAGUAAUCGAGUACUUCUGUGAUGAGGGCUACACUCUGAAAGGCUACAGGUACCAUACCUGCAGAAACGGAGACUGGGAUUCGGCCACACCCAUCAUCUGUCAUUUAGGACAAGGUAAAGAGGAGCGCUCUCCCCUAGGAAUGCCAGCUCUCUCGAUCGUGGCCUCCACUGCUAGCUCAGUGGCCCUCAUCCUCCUGCUGGUGGUCCUUUUUGUGCUGCUGCAGCCCAAACUCAAGUCCUUCCAUCACAGCAGACGUGAGCAGGGCGUGCUUGGUCAGCCUGCCUCGAUCGUGGUGGAGGGUGUGCAGGUAUCUCUGCCCUCCUAUGAGGAGGCUGUAUACGGCAGCGGUGGAACAGCAGCGCCUGCGCCAGAGUCCCGAGUACAGAUCGUGCUCUCAGAGGGUCCUCAGCCGGAGGCUCCCGUUACAGAACUGGAUCAGUCACGGGCCGAGUACAGUUUACCCUCCACAUCCUCCUCUUCCACACGCCCCCGUCACGCUGAGACUGUGCUUGUUCACCAGGUGCCCUCCUCCCCCCCUCCAUCCUGGGCCGCUGAGCAGCCUGGGGCUGGGGCGUCUGCAGCCCACAGGUCGAGCAGUGAAAGCAGCGACCAGCACAGCUUGCUCUCCUUCACAUCCACUGAGGACUAUGGCGAUGAUAUUCCAUUGCUAAAGGAGGCCUGAGAACAAAUGCAGUGUCCUCCUGCUCCUCCUCUGUGGAUGAUGACCAGGACUGUGGCUCUUUAAGCUUUUUACCAAACCCUUCCCCCACUGCUGCCCUACAGAAUGCAGGAAGAACCAAAUGCCUGUCCAUUGCCCUUGUCUAUGAACUGUCUGGCCCAUGGUGUUUCUGAGCUGUGAUGUACGAGUCAUCCAUGGGGUGCCCAGAUAUACUCCUCCAAAUGGUUGCACAGAUGCUAUAGAAAACCUAGGAUUAUGUAUAAUGCAUACAUAAUGUGAGCUGAAUAACCUACUCAGAUGUAAACUACACCUUUUCCCAGUGGUGUACUAAUAAAUAAGCAGUUGCACUCACAAAGGCUUACCUUGUCACAGUCAAAAGGAAUCGCAAAUUAUGAAUCGCAAAUUAUGAAUCGCAAAUUACAUUUCUAUGCUAUGGAAGAGGUGAUGAAUGGAGCUUUGUUUUCCAUUACUGACUGUGAUCUCUUGGAAAGGGGCUUGUUUGGCAAGGAUUCUGCUAGAUCAGACCCUUUUUCUGUUCUACAAUGCUGCAUGUUAUUUGCAUCUUUUUUUUAUGCUACUUUCCCGCCAAAAUUAGCGCACACCACAGAAGACGCAUGCUGCAUAGCGCCAUCACGCAUCAUCUCCACACCCCGUGGAACAGCAGAAUACAGGGAUGAGCUGGUUUACAUAGUACUGUAUUCCAAAACACGCUUGCCUUUUUUGUUCGUUUGCCUCUAAGUGUGUGUCCACACUUUGGCUUCACUUUACCCGCUGGACUGUUGUUUGUUGAUGAGGGCUUAUAACUGUCAACCAGUCUUUUUUCAUUUUCCUUUAAACUCAACUCAUAGGAUGUUUGCUGUCUAAUUUUUACACCAGAAUGUCUUUUCUUUGUUUGUUUGGUUUUAAAUGUUUCAUAAGUUAAUGUCUGUCUGUCUGUCUGUCCAGCUGUAGAGAGAGAUACUAUAAGGAACAUGAUUGCACCUGAUUGAAAAGACUUUCAGGCUGCAUUUGAAGGCAGGAAGGAAUCGAGUCAUGUCCAAAUCAAAUGUGUGUAUAAAAUAAAAGUAAAAAAGUACACUCAUCUUGCCAAUUUGUAUCCUGACAAAUUCAUGACUUAUUCCGCCUUUUAAAGUGCAUCUCAAAUGUGAUUUGCUUGUAAAUACAUUCAUCACAAUGCUGCCUUCUUAGGUACCGACUUACGAGACAGCAUAGGCAGCAGGGCUUUGAGGCAGCUGCCAUCCAUUUUGGACACAGCCUAAAUCUCUCAAGACCAGAUCACCUGGAUCCAAAAUAAAAACUGCUUCUGCAGUUAACAUGAGUACAUCUCUAUUUGUCUAGCUGCAGGUUUGUGACCUAGUUUAUGUUUUAAACACUUUUCUGCAUCACUUUUUAGACCUGUCAGUGUUUAGUAGAUCUCUCUACUUCAACCAUUGUGACAUUAAAUGCCCAAAAAUCUUUAUCUUGUGCAAAAAAUCUUGAAAGUCCAAACCAUUGAUAAUGUAGUCAGCAUAUAGACAGUAAAAAUUAUAUGCAAAGAUUACUUUACAUUUGAAAAAAAAAACAUCUAGAACUAGAUUCAAACUAGAAGUGUUGAAUAUCCUUAUAAUAUUCACAUUCUCAGUAGUAUUAUUGUCAUUACACUUAAUUUGCAGUGUUUAUUUUUUGUGAUUGAUAUUGCAAUCAAACAGUCUUCAGUUCUCAGUUCUACUAAGUUUAGAAAAUUUUCUAAAAACAUGAUUAAAUCGAAAGCGUUGUUUUUUUUUGUUUUGUUUUUUUUACUGCUGACCACUGGUCCACAUUGUCUGGAAUGACACAUGAUUCAUGGAUGAAUAUAUGUGUUCAUGUGUGUUCUUAAUUUUACUGGGUUUUAGAAAGACUGGUGAAAGGUUUGUGUGAAUGGACAUCACUCUAUUUUCCUGCCUUGUUAUUUUUUGUUUGUUUGUCUAAGUGUCUCAGUGCAGACUUACACAGAGCUGUCGCCUUAACUUCACUGACGUGUACAUUGUGGUCAUUUAGUAAUCCUGUAUCUUCCAUCUCAUGUGCUUCACAGUAUUGAUGAUGCGUCUCCAGUUUCCUUAUGGCCUUACUUUUUAUUUUCUAUGCAUAAACACUGUCUGUGUGGGGUUUCUUUCUUUUUGUUUUCUGUGGACAUUAAUUAAAAGAAUGUCCAUUUGUUUCUCCCCAAGUCUUUAUGCUUAUUCAUUUCUCACUGACUAUAAUAUCCCACCAUCACAGCACCUACGUUCUGAUGUCCUAAUUUCUGUUCUUGCAACUGCUGUACUUUAUAACGAGAAAUCCUUAUGUCCCCCUCAGCACCAUUGAAUGGUGUUGGCCAUCUCAUUUCCCCCCUUUUUCAGCUGUUUUGUUUUUCUCCUCUGUACAUUGCAGUGGGUGUGAAGAUAGUAUUUUAAUAUUUGUAUAAAGUUUAAUUUAAUUCUACAGUGUGUGUAUAUAACUAUUUCUAAUUAAAGCUUUCUUUUGAAGUG